AUGGGCCAAUUUAUAUCACAACCUGUAACUGAAAAGUUCGUUGAGACAUAUGGAAGGCCGCAUAUUUCCAUGGUAGUCGGUCAGAUGCAAGGAUAUCGUGUUUCAAUGGAGGAUGCCCAUUGCUGUUGGCAUAAAACCCUUGAGAUCACUUCCUUCGGUGGCUUCUUGCAAAAAUACGAGAUUGAUAUUGUUGGUGUUUUUGAUGGUCAUGGGGGUAAAAAUGCUGCACAAUAUGUAGGAGAAAGAUUACCACACAUCAUAUUUGGACUUCUGAAGGAACAAUUGGUGGAGCACAAGAACGCUAUUGGCACUCGAUAUGCGGAAACUGACUGUUUAGUUGAAACUAUAAAUUUCACCCACAUAAUUAAGAAUGCUUUCUUCAAAUGUGACUCUGAACUAUACUCUCGAAGGAUUAAGUCUGGUUCUACCGCAGUUGUUGUGAUUAUUUUGAACGGAAUUGUGUUUACCGCCAACAUAGGCGACUCUCGGUGUAUACUACACACAGGCAAGCAUGACACCGUAAAGAACUUGUCCUUCGAUCAUAAACCAAAACACUACGGUGAAUUAUUUCGUAUUCAUAGCGACGGUGGCCACGUUCAAGCCAACAGGGUUGGGGGUGUAUUAGCACUAAGCCGAGCAUUUGGAGAUUUUACAUUCAAAUGUUUCAACCAAGCCAAUUAUGCCCGACUAUUGAACAACAAGAAAAUGCAAGCAAGGGCUAACCUUGAGCAAAGAAACUACAAUAAUAUGAGCGUUUCUUUGGAGGCAACAAAUAAAUCCUCGUUGGAGAGUCUUACCGUUCCUGAAGAAUUUCAAGUCACUGCUGAACCAGACAUAGUUAUCCAUACGAUCACAUCGGAAGACCAUUUUUUAAUCCUAGCGUGUGAUGGAGUUUGGGAUUGCUAUAAUAACGAGCCUUUAGUGCGCCAAACUCGACAUUUCCUAAGUUUGGAUCUGUCUUUGAACGUUGUUGUAGAAAAACUGCUGGACUUAUGCAUAAGAAAAGCGAACACCAUAACUGGAGUUGGGUUUGAUAACAUGACGUUAAUCUUGGUCGCAUUGCAUCCUUUAAGGACAGUUAACCAAUGGCAAAAGAAGCUUUCGUCUGAAAUACUAGCAGAGAACACAUAA